AUGAACCUGGAUGCUUUGUUCCAGCAAAUACAGCUGACAGAGAAACAGGCAGGGGAGAAGAGGCGCCUCAUCCAACAAGCUAAAUUCAACAUAAGUAGAAGCUAUGAAAAAAUUAACCAAAUAAAAGAAGAGCUGAGCACUGCAAAAAUGAAAUUAGAAACUAAGGUUCAGCAUCUGUCUGAAAAGCGGUUCUACUUAGAAGUUCUGAAAAAACGUGAAGACAGCUUAGAAAAACAGAAAGCUGAAAUUAUUAACCAAAAAAGCUGGCUUCUUAAAACCUUUACAGAUGCAAAGAGAAAAAUGUCUGAAGAGGAAGAUAAUUUUACUAGAGAAGUAACAGAGUUUAAUAAUGAAUAUGGACUAACAAGUAAUAGAGAUCUUCUGAUUAAAAAAAAAGUCAAGACUGAAAUAAAUGAUUUAGAGAACGAGGCCGCUCUGCUGAAAAAUGAAAUUGAUUCAAUGGAAAAUAAAAAUGUUCAGUUAAAUGAACUCCAACUGCAGAAGAGUGAGUUAAAGCAGUAUUUAUUUACCCUCCAAAGCGAACUCAAAGACCUUGAGAAAGCAAUCAGGGAGGCUGAAAGAAUGACAAAAGAUUUAGAACAAGAAAAAGUCCAAGUCACUGAAAAACCUCAGACUGAUCUUGAAUGUUUAAGACUUAAGAAAGAAUUGGAAAGUUGCAAAGAUGAUGAUUGGGAAAGUAUCUAUGAGACUCUUCGAACAGAAAUUGAAAUUCUGCAAAUGAAUCUAUCACAAAAAAAGUCUUCAGACAAGUGA